AUGGAUACCUACAAGCUGCAGUCCGCCAUUGAAACACCAAAUUCUCUAUUUUGUCGAGGGAAAUUGCCCAUUCUCUAUCCAAGCUGUGACAACCUGGUAGCAGAGCCUUCGCUCGACCGGAUGGCAAUGACUCGCAUUAAGGAAAAGCUCGCGACGCUCACCAAUUGCAACAUCACCGCUGAGGAUCAGCUUCACCGCAUUGGUGAUCAAUUGCUAGCCAUGGACGAGUAG